UUGAUAUGUUUCGUGUGACACGUUUGGGUUUAGCAAAGACCGGUGGACGAGGACGUCUUUUUGUAUCUUCUCUUUCAAAUGAUAAAAAUGCUGGUUUUGGAUUGAAGGUAUUCGAGAAAACGAACUCUACACAACUUAAUGGACCCAAUUUUCCUUGUCGCCAAUUCUUUAGUUACCGAUACUUAUCAUUGGCCACAGAAGAUGUAAAGGGAAAGAAGUUUUCCCAUUUUGCACGACAAAAAGUCAUGGAUGGGACUAAGAAAAUUAAAGAACUAUAUAAGCGAACUCUUUUUCCAUUCAAUUUCUUUCAAUUUUUGGUUGUUCUACUCUUGAUUUAUUGGAUUAUAACAUUUAUCAUUGAAAAUAAAAGACGUAGGUUAUUGGAAAGAUUUUGCAAAAUUUUUUGCGGACAAAUUUUUCAACACUCAAAAAAUGUCCGCAAAAGAUGUCUGCAAUAA